GUAUGCUUGAUUGGGGAGUUCAAGUCCAUCGCCGAAAUCAUGAUCAUGAUCCUUAUCAUCAACAACAACAACAAGGAUGUAGAAAGGGACCUUGGACACCUGAAGAAGACAAGCUUCUCGCCGAGUAUGUUACUUCGAAUGGUGAAGGAAGAUGGAGCUCUGUUGCUAAGUGUGCAGGGUUGAAUAGAAGUGGGAAGAGCUGUAGACUGAGGUGGGUGAACUACUUGAGGCCAGGGCUUAAGAGAGGACAAAUUACUCCUCAAGAAGAGGGAAUCAUCCUUGAACUUCAUUCCCUUUGGGGUAACAAGUGGUCUACAAUCGCAAGAUAUUUACCGGGACGAACAGAUAAUGAAAUAAAAAACUAUUGGAGAACCCAUUACAAGAAAAAAGAAAAAUCUUUUUCGAAGCAAGACAAAGUUAAAAGAUCCCGGAGACAACAGCUAGAGCUGAAGCUGCAACCACAACCGCAACUACAGAAUCAAUCGUCUCAAGUGGUGUCUCAAGACCACAUGAAUCUCGACAAUGAGCAAAACAUAGCUUCCUCUUUCUCUUACCCGACUAGUGUCUUCAAUGACCAAUUUCAUAUGCCUCAAAGAGUUGCGGCAACCUCAAGCGAUCACUCCAUGAUCGAUGAAGGUAACUUGUGGGGUAGCUUGUGGAAUCUAGACGACGAUGAUCCACACUGUUUUGGUGGUGGUUCGGAACAGAGAACAGCUGCCGAUCAUAUUGUUGAGAAGUUUAACGGCGGUGGAAUUGAGGCUCCGUCGUGUGGAUCAGGGGGUUAUAGCUAUAAUGGCUUUUACACGGGAGGCUAUAUUUUU